CAUGACUAGAAUAAGGGUCACUCAUCUUUUUCAGAUUUUACUAGGGCUUUACCUUCGAGGUAUUUUGUGUGUAGAGAUCUGUGGUGAAAAAAGGACAGUUUUUGGUGCUGCGGGAGCAGAUGUCAUUCUACCCGUGAAUCAAACUGAGAUCAGAGACAUCACUUGGGUGGCUGUUAAAGAAUUAUACCAUUUUGCUACCACAAAACCAGGAGGAUAUGUAGAUAUUCGAUAUAACCAGUAUAAAGGCAGACUGUAUGGAACAGCAAAUGGGUCUUUAAAUGUUACUAAACUAACCAUUAGAGACCAGGGAGAUUAUAAAGCGAAUAUCAACACAAGAAAAAAACAAUGUGGACAACUCUAUGAUCUCCGAGUGUUUAAAAAAUUAUCAGACGGAGAUAUAGAGAUUCUGGUCAAUAUGACGGGAAAUGGAACCUGUGGAGGCAUUUUGCUUUGUGCAACAAACAGAACUGAUGUGACCACCGCCUGGAGCAGCUCGGAUGGUAAUGAAAAAAAUGUGACGAACGGAUUUCUUCAUUUUGCUUCCAUUGUUACAAAUACCAUCUAUAACUGCACUGCGCAGAACCCAGUCAGCGCCAUCUUCAAAACCGUCAACCUCUCGGAAUACUGUGAGAAAGAAGAAGAAUCAUUGCCUCUUCCUAGAGAUGCUUUAAAUUAUGAUAUUUAUAUUUACAUUCCUAUACCGGUUAUACUGUGUGUGGUAUCGUUUGCGUUGAUCAUCACUUGUCGCUUGAACAGACGAAAGAGAGCAAUAAAAGAAGAAGAUAAAUCCGAGGUAUGUUACUUUUUUACCUUUUUGACCAUGACACAAUGUUUGUUACUGCUUUUCCUUGUACUACUGCUUGUACAGAAGUAA